CAAAGCAGUUGUCCCUCAGCUCACGUGCGUAUUCCUUCCCGAGACUACUUUACUGCAUUUAUGAGUCCGGAGACUUUCCUUGGCAGUCUAAUAUUUUCAUAAAGUGGGAAUCGUCAAAAUGGGAACCCGAGACGACGAAUACGACUAUCUAUUCAAAGUGGUGCUGAUCGGAGACUCUGGUGUGGGGAAGAGUAACCUACUGUCCCGUUUCACACGGAAUGAGUUCAACCUGGAGAGCAAAAGCACCAUCGGUGUGGAAUUCGCCACCCGCAGCAUCCAGGUGGACGGCAAGAUGAUAAAGGCCCAGAUCUGGGAUACAGCUGGACAGGAGCGCUACAGAGCCAUCACCUCAGCGUACUACCGGGGGGCGGUGGGGGCUCUCCUAGUGUACGACAUUGCCAAGCAUCUAACCUAUGAAAAUGUGGAGCGCUGGCUGAAGGAGCUGAGGGAUCAUGCUGAUAACAACAUUGUCAUCAUGCUGGUGGGCAACAAGAGUGACCUGCGCCACCUCAGGGCAGUGCCCACAGACGAGGCUCGCGCCUUCGCAGAAAAGAAUACGCUAUCAUUUAUUGAGACCUCCGCUUUGGACUCCACUAAUGUAGAAGAGGCGUUCAAGAACAUCCUCACAGAAAUCCACCGAAUCGUAUCACAGAAGCAGAUAGCUGACAGAUCAGCACAUGACGAGUCUCCAGGCAACAAUGUAGUGGACAUCAGUGUCCCCCCCACCACUGAUGGGCAGAAAAACAAACUACCAUGCUGCCAAAGCCUGUGACCCGCAAUACCACCUUCCAACCCCCACCCCUCACUCAUCUUUCGUUUGUCCUGGUUGUUGAACUGCUGCGGUCUCUAUUCCGCCAUGUGUUUUAGAAGUCUCCUAGAAAAUCAGACUUUCUAGAUAAGUCCUUUCUCCCUUUUUUGUCUGUAUGCUAUCUUUUUAUAACCUCAAAGCUCAUGUCUUUUACCAAAUGAUAGACAAAAAUCCUAUUUUGAAUUCAGGCUCUGAUCGUGUGACCCAAUCCUGUAGAAGGAAUGGUGAGAGAUCAGUUUGUCCUGUGCUUCUGGUUGCCUUGCUGCUGUCCUCAGUCCCUGUCCUGAGUGUGGCAUGAAAGGAGCAAGAACAGAGACCUGGGGUAGUGACUGACUUGGGAUGAUAUUAAGUGGGGGGGCUUUGUUACGCCUAUGGUUCAAAGAGAUGCCAAAGUGUGUCUGUGAACAUUUUCAAUCUAAAAUAAUCUAAUCUAAAUAGUAAACUUGCAGAGACACUUUUGUCAAAAUUUGACUUUUUCCAAUUGUAUCAUGCACUUUGUUUCACUAUUGUUAGAUGCAGUCACUGUGUUCUCUCUGUAAUUAGAUCAUACUAUGAAUUGAUCCAGUAGUCCAACUACAGUUGAAAGCAAACAUAAAUAUGCAUCUUGUGUCCUGCCAAUCAUUUCAAUGGAACUCACCAUGUAAAAUCAACAACUAAUUCCGAAGGACUAACAUCUUUUAAAUGACAACACUUAGCUUGCUUGGUUUGAGAGGGGCCCCCCUGAUAUACAGUAACACUCAAUAUCUAGGGUGGAGGAUGUUUUCAUUGCUUCACUCUACUCUAACCAUUUUGCCUCUAAAAUGUUGUUGACAGUGGAAUUUUUAAGAAAGGAAGGUUGCUUUUGUAUGGUUGGCUAUAAUGCCUUAUGUCUCUCCUUUCUAGUAGAUUUGCCUGUAUGUAAUUUUCUGUCACAGGUCCAACUUUUAAAUCAAUAAACAUGUGUUAAUUUGCCUUUUCAUCAGGUAGCAUUGAAAUGGAAAUAAACCAAAUGAAUGUCACUUGUUGACAGACAUUUUCUUUGAACAUCAA